GGGCGGCCCCGCCGCGGGCAAUGGCGGCGGCCGCGGGCUCCAACUGGGGCCUGAUCAUGAACGUGGUGAACAGCAUCGUGGGCGUCAGCGUGCUCACAGUGCCCUUCUGCUUCCGCCAGUGUGGCAUUGUCCUGGGAGCUCUGCUCUUGAUUUUCUGUUCUUGGAUGACUCAUCAAUCCUGCAUGUUCCUGGUGAAAUCGGCCAAUCUCAGCAAGCGCAGGACCUACCCUGGCCUGGCAUUUCACGCCUAUGGAAAAGCAGGGAAAAUGUUGGUGGAAACAAGCAUGAUUGGGCUGAUGCUGGGAACUUGCAUUGCUUUCUAUGUUGUCAUUGGUGACUUGGGGUCCAACUUCUUUGCCCGGCUGCUUGGAUUUCAGGUGUCCGGCAGCUUCCGCAUCGUGCUGCUCUUCGCCGUCUCCUUGUGCAUCGUGCUUCCCCUGAGCCUCCAGAGGAACAUGAUGGCCUCCAUACAGUCAUUCAGUGCCAUGGCUCUCAUCUUCUACACCGUUUUCAUGUUCGUGAUCGUGCUGUCGUCCUUCAAGCACGGCCUCUUCAGCGGGCAGUGGCUGCAGCAAGUUAGUUACACACGCUGGGAGGGCAUUUUUCGCUGCAUCCCCAUCUUUGGCAUGUCUUUUGCCUGUCAGUCUCAGGUCUUGCCUACCUAUGAUAGCUUGGAUGAGCCGUCCGUUAAAAUCAUGAGCUCCAUCUUUGCUUCUUCCCUAAACGUGGUCACCACCUUUUACAUUACGGUGGGCUUCUUUGGCUACGUGAGCUACACCGAAGCCAUUGCUGGGAAUGUCCUCAUGAACUUCCCUUCCAACCUUGUGACGGAGAUGAUCCGAGUGGGAUUCAUGAUGUCGGUAGCUGUGGGCUUCCCGAUGAUGAUUCUCCCAUGCAGGCAGGCGCUGAACACCCUUCUCUUUGAGCAGCAGCAAAAAGAUGGCACCUUUGCUGCUGGGGGUUACAUGCCCCCACUUCGCUUUAAAGCCCUGACGCUGGCUGUCGUGUUUGGAACCAUGAUAGGAGGCAUCAUGAUCCCUAAUGUGGAAACGGUCCUGGGCCUGACAGGUGCUACGAUGGGAAGUCUGAUUUGUUUCAUCUGCCCAGCUCUUAUUUACAAGAAGAUCCACAAGAAUGCACUUUGUUCACAGAUCAUCCUGUGGAUUGGCCUGGGAAUGCUGAUCAUCAGCACCUACACCACCUUGUCUGCCACUGAAGACACGCCGGUGAAGACCGAAGCAGUGGGCAUGGAGCACCUGGAGGGAGAGGAGGACAGGUUCGACCAGGAUGCUGUCAAACUCCCAGAGCAGAACCCGGCGGUGGAGGAGGCGGAGGAUGACCGCCAUAAACCAAAGCUGCUGGAUGAGAAGGAGGAGAUGGAGCAGCCACAAAUCAAAGUGCCCAUGGAGGUACCCGAGAGAGACGAGGAGAGAGGAAAGCCAGAGGAGAAAGUGCAGCUGGACCGGCCCGACCAAGGCAUCGCCCUGCCCAUGGGGGAAGCACAUCGCCACGAGCCGCCCGUCCCGCACGACGAAGUGGUGGUGGACAUGGGGAGGGAGCGCGAGGACUCUGUUGAGAACAAGCAGGCGCUCGGAGGAGAAGAAGGAAACGCACCGAAGGCGGCGCCGCGUGAGCCAGCCGAGCUGCAUCCCCAGAAAGAGGCACAAGGGAAAGAAGCUGAGAACCGAGCGCGGGGAGGGACUGAGAAACCUGUGAAGAAUCUGAAGAACGCCCCGGAGGUGAGCGUGCCGAAGGAUGGCCGGCCAUACAAAGAGCAGGAGCUGGGCAGAGCAGCACAGGAUGCUAAGGCUCGAGCUGCCGUGCUGGCCGGUGAGAAGAAUGCUGAGGCUGCAGGUGAUGGGGAGAAAACGAAGCUGCAGUUCCCCAGGAAGGCGGAGGAGGUGGUGAGGUCCCUGGAGAAAGAAGCAGAUCCUGGUGAAAAGCCAGAGCUGCCCCUCCCGGAGCGCGUGGAGCCAGCUCAGCCCCAGCAGCUGGAGCAGAGGGAGAGCCGGAACGGGGAGGACAGGCAAGCGGAGAACGCAGAGAACAAGCUGGAGGAAGCAGAGCAGGCAAAAAUGCUUGAUCAUGCCAUGCUGCUGCAGGUGAUCAAAGAACAGCAGGUGCAGCAAAAGCAGCUACUUGACCAGCAGGCAAAGCUGCUGGCUGUGAUUGAAGAGCAACACAAGGAGAUUCACCAGCAAAGACAGGAAGAGGGAGGAGAGGAGAAGCCAAAACAAGCAGAAAUGCAACAGGAGCCUGCUGUGCCUCUCUCCAAGAGUAAGGAGGAAGAGAACCUAGGAGCUAAGCAAGAAGCUGCUGCAAAUCUACCGGGUAAAGAGCCACCGGAGCACCCUGUGCCGGGCGCAGGCAGGCAGGCUGCUGAGUCAGCUGAGCAGCGCAGGGUGACAGCAGGAAGGCUGGAGGAGGCUGGGCACGGGCGUGAGAUUCCUGGGGUUCCUCCCAAGGAGCGGAAGGUGGCACAGCAGGAGAUUGACAGAGCUGUUAGGAAUGCUGCAGAGAACUCGGAUCCCCUUCACAGAGAUGCCCAACGUGUUCCAGCAGCCAGAAACCACCUAGAAAAGAAGCCCUUGGCUGAAGAUGCAGGAGGAGGUCAUGAAGCCAAAGCUGGAAGAGACGUCCACGAGAAUUCCCUGAAAGCUGUGGAAGCAGCUACAGUUCCUAUCCAAAGAGAACAGCUGAGGGCUGCCAAGGUUCAGGGAGUAGCAGGAAAGACUCUGGAAAGAGACUCGGGAAUAGACCUUAAAGCCAAAGCAGUGAGUCAGGUGGAGCCCAAAGACCUGGCAGUUGCACUGGACUCCUUGAAUAAACGGAACGUGGCAGGGAGUGAGCAGCACCUACGGGAGCAUCCGAGAGCUGCAGAUGCUGAAGGGGCUGAUGAACAGCAGCCAGCCUCACGGGGGGAACUGGCCAUCAAAGGGCAGGUGAAGGAAGAGGAUCCUCAGCAGAGGAGGGUGGACGCAGCCCAGGACCUUCAGGAAGAGCUCCAGGGCAAGCAGAGGCGUGUGGUCGGAGGGCUGGCAAAUGGUGCUGAGAAGAAACCGAGCCCUGAGAAUGCUGCUGCCCGAAAACUGGAGAAAGGAGUGGCGAUCCCUGGGGACCAAAAGCAGGAUGGUGACAUCAAACCAAACCGGGACCUGAAACUGCAGGCGGACCUCGACCUGCGGCGAAGGAGGCGGGACCUGCUGCCUCACCGGGAGGAGGAGGAGGAGGAGGAAGCCGCACAGGGGGCGGGGGUCUUCAUUGGCCUCAACCCCCUUCCGGAUGUGAAAGUGAACGACCUGCGCAGCGCUCUGGAGACGCGCCUGAACCAAGUGGCAGAGGGAGCGCAGCAGGUGGUGCACAGCCGGCAGAUCAAGCAGAUGACAGAGGCGGAUGGGAGCAUGUGAGAGGGGGGCCGUGCGCCGUGGGUGGCUCGGGGUGUUGGCCACGGGGGGGAGGCUGGCAGGCUGCGCAGGGGAGGCUGCAGUUCUCCGGCUGUUUGCUGCUCAGGCAGCUGAGCCAGCUGUGCGUUGCUGGAUGCAGCGUGCGAUCCGCCGGGCCUCCUGGAGCUGUGAGUGCUCUGCGGGCUCCUGGAGUCCCUGCGGGGUCGCACCUCCCCCGUGUGCCUGCAGAGAGCUGAGGAAGUGACAAC